AUGAGCAACGAUAAAAUUCUACUUCCUAUCUUCUCUAGAGCAAAGACAUAGUUUUAAGAAAAAUAAAUAGAUUAAGAAUUUAGUAUUUGCAAUAAACAAAUCAAUGAAAAUCUCUCACCACAAAUAACUAAAAUAUAUAAAACAAAUAACGAAAUAAAAAGCCUUCUUGACUAAGGAAACUUACAAUUAUCUUUCAAAUUAGCAAAAAAGUAGUAUGAAUCUAAAAAGAAUAAUCGAAAUUCUUCAAAUAAGACAUUUAUUGAAUCUCAAAUAACUUACGCUGAUGUUCUAUUUUAAUUAGGUGACUUCAAAGCUUCCUUAGGUCUCUUACUUGACUCUAUUGAUUGCAUAUCAAAAAAUUUAGAAGAACUAGAAUAAGAAUACAGCAAGGCUUUGGACAUGGCAGGAAAAGCCUAUCUAAAGCUAGGCUAUUUGAAGAAGGCUGAAGAGUAUUUCUUAAAGUCUCUGAAUUUUAAGAAAGAACUUUUCGAUUAGGCUAAAUCAUUUUAUUUAUUGAGCGUAUUAUAUGAAGAAUUAGGCCAGUAUAAUUAAGCGAUGACAAAUUGUGAAAAGAGCUUAAAACUAUAUAUGUCUGUUAAUUUACAUUAGAGUUUAAUGUAUGCUGAGUGUCUAGACUCAAAAGCUAACUUGUUAAGAUCUCUAGGAAAACUUGAAGAGUCUUUGACAUUUUUCAGAGAAGCUUUAGAAAUAAAGACAAAGAUUUUAGGUAAAAUAAAUCAUCCUUAAAUAAUUUCUUCAUAAGAAAAUAUUGCACUGGUACAGAAUGAAUUAGGAAAAUUCUAAGAAUCUUAUAGCCUUAUUUAGGAAGUAGUUAAAAAUAGAGAGUCAUUAUAUACCUCAGAUAUAUGCCCAAAUAGUCACCCUCAGAUAGCAGAUGCUUACUAAAAUUUAGGCACAAUUUAAUAGGAUUUAGGAAUGCUUAAAAAGAGCUUAAAUAAUUAAAAAAAGGCUUUGAGUUUAAGAGAAUCUAUUUAUUAGUAUGACCGCUAAAUUUAAUCCUAAAAUUUCCUUUAGAAAAUAUUCAAUACUGUUAAUAGCAAUUUGAUUAAACUAUAAUUUUCUGAAAGUACAACAGAAAUUCUUAGUUAAAUUUCUACUUAAAAUCAUCCUGAUAUUGCUUCCUCUUACACCUCUUUAGGAAUUGUUUAUAGGAAUAUAGGGCAUUAUGAAGAAGCAUAAGAAUAUUUACAAAAAGCUUUGAAACAGAGAGAGCUAACUUAUGGAUAUGAGCACACAAAGGUAAAUCAGAAGAGUCCCUUCAACACAACCUAAAAUCUUAACAAAUUCGCUAAAAAAUAUUUGGUGAAAAUGAAAAUAUCUUAUCAGCUCUUUCUAUCACCUAUUUAGCCUGGUCAUAUUACAAUUUAUUUGAAUAUGAUUAAUCUAUUGAACUCAAUUAACAAGCGCUAAAAAUUUGAAAACUUAGCUUUGGCGUAGUAUAACAGAGAAAAUUAUGAAGAAUCUUUCAAAAAUUACCAAAAAGCCCACGACAUAAAAGUAAAAAUAUACUCAAAUGAUCAUAUUUUUAUUCCUUCAGCCAAAAAUAACAUAGCAGUGGCUUUAUAUAAGCAGGGAAAGACAGAACAAAGCAAGUUCUUCUUAAACUAAUCUCUAUAAAUAAUAUCUAAUUUUGAAAAUGAUGAUAAAAAUAAUAAAGAUGUAGAUCCCUACCUUUUAUGCUCAACAUUAAACCAUUUAGCUUGGGCUCUAACUGAGAUGGAGUAACCUGAAAAAGCUUUAUAAUACUACAAAAAAACUGAGUAAAAAAUGAAAUAGCUAGUAGGAAAAGACCACCUUAAUAUUUCUAACCUCUAUUGUAACAUUGGUAUUACUUACUUCCACCUAGGAGAUUUUGAAAAGGCUUUGAAAUACCAUGAAUAAGCGUAUAGUAUAAACAUUUAAGUUUUAGAACCUCAUCAUUCAAUUAUUUGCAAUAAUCUUGACAAUAUUGGAUCAUGUUAUAGUAAAUAGUAAAAGCACACCAAAGCGCUUGAAUAUCACAUGAAAUCCCUAUAAAUAAGAAAACAGAAAAGUAAAACUAUGAAGGAAGACAUUGCUAAUUCAUAUGAUCACGUUGCAAGUACAUACUAUGACCUUCAAAAAUACAAAGAAGCUUUAGAGUAUUAUUUGCAGGAAUUAAAAAUUCGCAAACAAUUAAAUCAAAAAGGAAUUUAGCUGGCUUCUCUUCUUAAUAAUAUAGCAAUAACUUACAAAAAUCUAGAAAACCUAGACCGCUCCUUGAAGUACCAUUAAAAAACUUUACGCUUGAGAGAAAGUUAUUUGCCUUUUGAACACCAAGAGAUUCUUAGUAGUAUUUCUAACAUUGCCAGUAUCUUAUAUGACCAAGAAAAAUACACUGAAGCUAUAGAAUUCUACAAAAAGGAACUUCUAUUAAAAGAAAAACUGCAUACACCUCAAUGUGCUAAAGUUGCUGUAACUUUGAAUAAUAUUGGAUGUUCUUACAAGAAUAUAAAUAACCUUGAUGAAGCUGUCAAUUAUCACAGGAAAGCUCUUGAGCUUAGGAAAAAAAUUCUAAAAGAAAAUGACGAUGAUAUUAUCAGCUCAAUAGAGAGCAUUUCAUCUACUCUUUAUGAUAUGCAAAGAUUUUAAGAAGGUCUUGAAUCAUAUUAUGAAGAACUUUAGCUUAAAAUAAAGAAAUUUGGAGAAGAUAAUUUGAAAGUUGCAACAACUUAUAAUAAUAUUGCGUGCACUCUUAAAAAUUUAGGUCAAAUUGCUGAGGCAUUAAAAAUGCAUCAAAAAUCCUUAGUUAUAAAGUAAAAAAUUUUAGGUCAUGAUCACUUAGAUGUAGCAACCUCAUUAGAUAAUAUUGCAUCAAUUAUUUAUGACCAGAAUGACUUUUAAUACGCACUAGAGAUGUAUAAAAAAGUUUUAGGUAUAAGGAGAAAAUGCUACUAAACAAAUAAUCUAUAAAUAGCUGUAACACUCCAUAAUUUAGCUUGCACCUACCAUAAUUUGAAAGAUUACGAGUCUGCUUUACAGCUACAAAUAGAGGUCCUAGAAAUGAGAAAAUAAAUUUAAGGCCCAGAAUCAAAAGACAUAAUAACUUCUUUAGACAAUAUUGCAUCGAAUUUAUAUGAUAGUGGCAAAUAUGAGCAAGCUAUUGUUUAUUACCAAGAUGAACUAGCUUUGAUGAGAAAAGUUGAACCUGAAAACCAAGCUAGAGCAGCUACAACACUAAAUAAUAUUGCAUGUACUUUGCAUAACCUGAAGAGAUUAAGUGAAUCUUUUGAAUAUCAUAAUUAAGCAUUAAAGAUCCGUAGAGAAAAUUUAGGAGAAACUCAUCCUGAAACAGUUUCGUCUUUAAAUAAUAUAGCUUCUAAUUUAUUUAAUGUAGGCAAGCUAGAUGAAGCUCUUAAUACAUUUCUACGUGUGCUUUAAAUUCGUAUUCAAUAAUAAGAGUGUAAAAUAAAAAUAGCAACAGCCUAUGAUAAUGUUGGUUCCACUUAUUUCUCUCUCCUCGAAUUUGAGAAAGCUCUUGAGCAUUUUGAGUAAUCUUAUGAAAUAAGAAGAACUUAUAAUUUGGAUGAUUUAUAGAACUCUCAAGAUAUGAUAAAUGCAGCACGCUAAAUGAUACAAAAAAUAGAACCAAUCAGGAAUCUUCCAAUAACAAAAUAUACAGGAAAAAACUCAUAAGAAAAUAAUGAUAAAAAUAAUCAAGAAAGUAUUGUAAAAGGAGAAGACGAAGAGGAAAUAUGCAAUAUAUGUCUUGAAAAUCUUAACAAUAACUAAGAAUUGCGUGUACUUCCUUGUAGCCACUUUUAUCAUACGUUCUGCAUAGACAAAUGGUUACUUGCUAAAUAAUCUUGUCCUAAUUGCAGGUAGUGUCCUAUUGUAAAUUAUUAACAAGAUAACUAAGAUAAAAUCGAAUGA